GAGCGCACAAUGGGUAGCCUCUAACCCUAGGUAAAAAAACCUGUGAUUUUUACAAGGAUCAAGACGCCGUUUCGUUUCGAAUUUUUACCGUGAGAGUCCAAAUAAAACUGUGAUUCUUAAAGUUUUACAUACAUCUUCUUCUUCCUUCUCUCAAAUUUUGCCGCCACUUUCUCUCAUAAAGGCGUUCUCUCUCUCCUCCCUGCAGUGUUGAGCGCGCCAUUGCAGAGAAGCCAUGAAACCCUCCGCUGCAGAAAAAGCCUUGCACUCUGCCAAACCUCACAUAGAAGAAAUUAGAACCAAAAAGUUCUCCAUCGGAAAAACAAGGCCAAACCCCUUAACUCUCGACCUCCACCACGCCGUCACUAGCCUCUCUGCUGAGCUCUACCAGAAAGACAUCCACUUUCUAAUGGAGCUCAUACAGAAUGCGGAAGAUAAUGAAUACAAAAAAGGGUUGAACCGACGCUGGAAUUUGUCCUGACAAAGAAGGACAUAACUGGCAGUGGAGCUCCGGCUACUCUGCUUGUUUUUAACAAUGAGGUCGGAUUUUCCCGGAGCAACAUUGAUUCCAUAUGCAGCGUAGGCCGUUCUCCUAAGAAGGGGAAAAGACAUCUCGGGUUUAUUGGAGAAAAAGGAAUUGGGUUUAAAAGUGUGUUUCUUGUAAGUUCACAACCUCACAUAUUCAGCAAUGGAUAUUAGCAAUGGAUAUUGAGUCAAAUUCAGGGAAGAACCGAACAAAGAUUGCAGUAUUGGAUACAUUGUUCCUGAAUGGGUUAGUGGGGAGCCUGCUCUUUCGAGCAUACUUGAUGUAUAUGGUGUCACCAAGGUCGUGCCGGCAACUACAAUUGUCCUUCCUCUAAAGCCUGAGAAGGUUGAAACAGUGAGGGCACAACUAUUGCGUUUGCAUCCUGAGCUUCUUCUUUUCUUAUCCAAGGUAAACCGGGUAUAUGUACGUGGGUGUGAUCCCAAAGCAGCCAAUGGUGUCACAACAAUUUCUAUAUGCACCGGGACUGAUCUUAUGAAUGUCUGUGAUAAAACCGCCAAUGCACGUGUUAUUGAACUUUUGGUUAAAGAAAAAAUGGGUGCCAGUGAGGAGAAGUGCAAGUAUUACUUACGGAGACAGGCAUUUCCAGUAAAACCUGCUAAUAGAGUUAAUACUAGGAUGAAUGUGGAGGAAUGGGUGAUCACUCUUGCUUUCCCAUUUGGAAACAGACUGAGAAGAGGUACUUCUUUUGUCGGUGUAUUUGCUUUCCAGCCUACAGCCAUGGUCACAAGCUUUCCCUUUGUAAUUCAAGCUGACUUCAUCCUUGCUUCUUCAAGUGGAUGAUGUAUGGAAUCUGGGAAUUCUUGAAUGUGUUCCAUCGGCGUUUGUUAAUGCUUUUGAGUCUUGUGUGAAAGAGCUCUCCCUGUUUCCUUCAGUGGGUCAGGCAUUUCAGUUCAUACCAACUCAAGCAUCACCAAUUCCGGUGUUUAAUAAAUUAACAGAGUCCAUCAAAACUAGACUGCAAGGUCUCGAGAUAGUACCCUGUGAAAUAUUUUCUGGCGAGAGGUUGUUUUUCCAGCCUAAAGAAGUAGUUAGAAUCAUACAUAAAUUCAGGGACCUCUUAGUUCGAAUUAGAAGGGAAGGGGUUGUUUUAAGUGGUUUAUCUUCAUUGAUGAAAGUCUCACAUUCAUCUCUGAACUUUCAAGAAACAAGAGGAGUUAUGGACUAUCUAGGUGUAGUAUAUGCUUCUUAUAAUUGGUAUGCACAAUGCAUUAAAUCCUGCAAUAUUGUGUUGCAAGUAUCUGAUGAUGUCUACAUUCAACUGCUUGGUUUUAUUGCUGAUACUUAUAAGGAUUCAUCGUCCAUACAAUCAUUAAGUACCAUGCCUCUUCUUAAAUACAUCAAUUGUGACGGGAAUAUGGAAUUGCGUACAAUUCCUAAUACAACACCCAAGAUUGUAUAUAGUGUGGAGCUGGAGAUUCACACAUGGCUGAGUAAGUGCAAUAUGGAGUUUGGAUGUCUUGGUAAUUUUUAUUUCUUGCCCAAUAGCACUCGGGAAGCACUUUUAACUCACAAAAGAAGUUCAUUUCUAAUCGAAUGGCUUUCCAGAAAUGCAGGUUUAAGUCCUUGUUCGGCAACAGAAUUUGUUUCCUGGCUUUAUCCUUACUUAUCAUAUAAGGAACCACUUCUUCCAGUCGCCUUGGUCCAUUUCCUUUAUCAUGCCCACAUGAAAAACAUCAUUGAUGAUUCUCAAUUGUAUUCCCUUCUCACGGUGAUCCCAAUUAUUGAUGGGACUAACCAAGUCAGAAUGCAAAGAAUUGCAACUCUUGUCUCGGCAUCAAGGAGCAAAUGGGUGAAGUUGUUGGGACCUCUAAAUCCAUUCGUGGGACAAUAUUACAUUGAUAUAGGAGAUGUUUAUUCUAAAAGUAGUAUGCUUCUUGGAGAAUCUGUGCCUCAGGAUGAACUUCUUCACUUUGUUGUUAAGUUCAGUAAAGCUGUGGACAUUCCCGAGUUAUGUCCUCCAGACGUGGUGUUACAGAUAGCAUCUCAUGAACUAUCAAGUGAGAAGGCCUUUUUGUUGCUCGACUGGAUCAGAUUACUUCGAACCAAGGGUUCUUUACCUACAAGAUUCCUUGAAAGCAUUCGAAAUGGAAAAUGGAUGAAGACAUACUUGGGUUAUUGUACCCCAAGACAGGCCAUUCUUACAAACGAAACAGGGGAAGGUAUUUUUGAUAUGAUGAAGCAUAUUCUGGAGGAUAUCUCGAUUUUGGACAUGGAAUUUUACAUUGAUCGAAUCAUGCUUUAUCAAGAUGAAUUGGAAUUCCUUGGUGUGGGGAUUAGAUCAGUAGAUGUGCAGAGAUUGGUUACCGAUCGCUUUAGAUCUCUUGCUUCUCCUGGAAUGAGCAAAGAGUAUGCAUUUUCUUUGCUGACUUUCAUUACUUUCUCUAAAGCGAGGGGUAUGCUUGAUAUGAAUUGGUUGGCUGUUAUGAAGGAGAAGAAGUGGCUGAAGACUCAUAAGGGCUAUAAUGCUCCCAAGAUGCCCUGCAGAGACUGUUCUUCUCCCUGACGCUAUAUGGGGUUCUUUGUUGAGUACUCUUGAGGUUCCUGCGAUAGAUGAAUUGUAUUACAGGAAUGAAAUUAAGCAUUUUGUUGAUGAAUUGAACGCAAUGGGAGUGGGAGUUGAUACUGCCAGAGCAACUGACUUGGUAGCUACUCAGUUUGAUUCUCUCUUGCAUUCUUCUAGCGGCUUGGCUCCUGAGACAGUGAUGGCACUGCUAGGUUGCAUUCGAGAACUGAGUCAAACAAUGCCUUUACCAUGUCCUGAACUGACUUGGUUGUCGUCUGAGCAGUGGUUGAAGACACGACAUGGUUAUAGAAGUCCUAGCGAAUCAAUUAUUUUCAGCUCAAAAUGGGGGUCAAUCUCGUGGUUUGUUGAUCUUCCUAUCAUCGAUGAUACAAACAAUGGCAUCGGAAUAUAUAAGUUCAGGGAUGAACUUCAGAAGUUAGGUGUCAUCACAGAUUUUGAAGGGGGAGCUCUGUUUGUAGCUAAAGGUCUCCGUAUCCCCUUCGAAGCUGAACUAGUUGGUGCAGAUGGUAUGGUAUCAUUGCUAGAAUGCAUCAAGUCUCUGAUGUCAAGGCCUCCUGAUGAGCUUUUACUGACUGACUUUCUCAACAACAUUGCAAAAAGCAGGUGUUUGAAGACUGGGGCUGGUUACAAAACGCCGGAAGAGUGCAUUCUGUUUGAUCCAGCUUGGGAGAGUAUUUUGAAGAGGUCCGAUGCACCAAAAAUUACAAUUGAUGAAAAGUUUUACAGAACUGAUAUUUUGGCAUACAAGGAUCAGUUAAGAGGUAUUGGUGCGAAUGUGGAUCCCUUAGGUGUUUGUUCUCUCAUUUUGGGGCUUCUAUUUUCACUCACAGAUACAUCUUCAAUUACAAGAAUUUAUAGCUUUCUCAGUAAGUUCCACUGGCACCCAGAAGCAGUGAGCAAUUUGCAGGUGUGGAUACCUAAUCCAAAUGGUACAGGUGUAUGGGUUAAUUCUCAGGAUUGCGUACUUUAUGAUAGGAAAGACCGGUUUGGCUCCUGCUUGUUUUGUCUUGAAAACUUUUACACCAAAGAGAUCCUACCCAUUUUUUCUUCAGCCUUUGGAGUGGCUGAAGAUCCAUCAACCAAAGAUUACUUGCAGCUAUGGAACAGCUGGGCCUUGAGGGGUAAUGGGCAAGUGACUUUGGAAGAAUGCAGCUUCUUUUGGGAAUAUGUUUUCGAUAACUGGAAUCCUGAAUUGGAGGAUACUCUAAAGGGGAGCUUGACCAAAUUACCUGCUACAAUGUCCGUGGCCGAGGAUAUAUUUCUGAUCAGCACAGGUGAAGUUUUCAUUGGAGAUGACUUGCAACUCAAGAAAAAUUUCUCUGGUUUUGAUAAGGCUCCUCUGUUUGUGUGGUUUCCACAUAGCAACUGCUUGCCAUCAGUUCCUCCGAUAAGACUUUAUGAGUUUUACAAGUCACUCGGAGUUAGAAAGCUUUCUGAAUCUGUUGAGUGCAACGUGAGUCAUACACUAUCAUUGGAGCACUGGGAAAAGGUUGAUCCAAGCGAAGGGUUAAUAAGGAGGGGUUUAAUGAAGAUUAUUCUGGGUUUUCUUGCUCGUCCUCAUGUAAACAUGCCCUUGAAGAGGAGACACAAGGCUGCAAAAUCUAUACUUGAACUGUCAGUGUACAAAGGUGACAAGCCGAAUCAAGUCUGCUAUCGGCUAAUGCAAUCUGCAGGUACAGUAGUGGAAGUAGAGAAACUAAAGCUGGUUCUUUGGGAGAAAAUUCGCAGUGCUUGCUCAUUAAAAAAUCAGCCUACGAAAGCGGAAAAACUGAUAUAGAAUUUGCCACUUGUUUUGCCGAUGAAUUGGCGCAAGGGAUGUUAGCGCAGACAACACACACUGCUGCAGAUACCUUGAGCAGGAUUAUCCAAAUGGGAUUCAUGUUUGAUUUCAAUGAGAAUGACGUGGACUUUUUGCUGUUGGAAGAAAAUUUAGAGUUAUUUGUUGAAGAUGCACUGUUUCUUGAUGCUGCAUUCCUCCCGUCAGGAGGAGGUACUGGUCGUGUUUAUCUAAAGCGUUCGUGUAAGAAGUCGGAGCUAUUAGAACCUCUCACGCCAAUGGAGCCAUGCAAGAAGCAGCGUCAGGGAUGAAGGGGCAAUGAUCCUAAUCACCAGCAGAGAUGUAUCAAGGAGGAGUGUCAAAAAACUGCACUGGAUUCUCAGGAGCUGCAAGAUGCAUAUAUGGGAGUUGUUCAAUAUAUGCUCUCUUUUUUUUGGAACUUUUGGUCCAAUUAUUAAGUAGUUAUUUAUUUAUUUAUUUUGUAAAGGUAUUAUUGAAUGCCUAAAAACUUGUCUUAUCAAUGGUAAACUGGAAUUCGAACUCCCUUU